AUGCAGAACCGGUUGCCCCAAGCAGCUCCGGUGCCCCGUUGCUUUACGCAGUCUCCGGCUCGUGGUAAUCUCACUCAGCAGGACCCUAACAACACCACCAAUUUAUCUGCACCGCUAUCACGCAGUGCUGUCGGGCCGUCUCCCGUUUUCUCUGCAAGUCCACCUCUAGCACAAUCGUAUUCUUCACCUUCUCCCUAUCCGCCCAGGACAGGCUUUGGCGGACCGUUCACAAUGUCCUCUCAGCAUCCCCAACCUUAUCCGAAUCCACUGCACCAGCCAUAUGCGUUUAAUCCUCACAGAUACCACGCCCGUACAGGAUUUGAUGGCAGCCAAUAUCAGCAGAGUUACCUUCCUGUGGUGCACCAUCCCGUUCAGCCUUACUACCAGCCUCAUUCUACUCCUGAAGGUAGUCCUUACCCGCCGCCCCCUCAUACCUCCAUAUCGCCCCAGUCUGUAUUUGGAAACUCCCGGUCGUCGCAUACUCCCCCAUAUAGCGCUCAACACUAUCAGCCUCUGCACUACGGAAGUCCAUCUAGCCCCUUUCCGUACUCCCAGCAUUUCCAGCCCGGCCCAUACCAAUGGUAUUACAUGGCGAGUGCCCCGUUUAGCGAGGGAAUGCAAAUGCAGUACCCCGGACAUCAUCUCAUGGGUUACCCGCCACAUCAGCACCAGCACCAUAGGCAUGCCGAAGUGGAGGGGCUUCCCGGGCAAUCUUCGGAACGUCCGUUACCCGCGUCGCCCGUGCAACAGAGCUCCACAGCCGGAGCUCAAGGAAGGAAACCUACUUUCUCGCAGCCGGUGCCCAUUCCCGUGCAUUUGCCAGCUCCACCUGUGGUACCAUCAGCGCCACCCUCUACCGUUCCAAGUUCGCCCACUGCCAGUACUCGCAGUGAGAAAGGAAGCGUAGCACUUGGAGGACCCCCGCCACGCGCACAAACUGAGCGUCCCGCCAUUCGUCGUCCUUAUCACCCAAAUCCGCCUUCUAACCGAUCAGAAUGGGUCAUGUGGGUUGGUAACGUCCCAGGGGAUACGACUCAUGACGAGCUUUGGCGAUUCCUCAAACGUCCAUUGUCUCCAGAACCUGGAAAGAAUGAAACCGCAGAUGUCGCAUGCAACGGGGUAACAUCCAUCUUCCUCAUUUCUCGAUCAAACUGUGCGUUCGUGAACUUUGACACGGGAGAGAAUCUGCAGCGUGCCAUAACGAAGUUCAACGGACAGCAGUUGCGCCCUCAAGACAGAAAGUGCCCUCGCUUGGUAUGCAGGGCACGUCGGAGAGAGGAUGAUCUGCGUGCUGGUGUCGGAGGACAGCGUGGAAUGGGUGUGCACACAGAGUAUAUCAGGAAGCUGCGUCAGAAAGAGCGCGAAGAGGCAAAGGAGCAGCCGUCAUCGUCGACGGAGGAUAACAGCUCCAUCGUAUCUGAUGCAGCGAGUGAGAUAUCGAUUCAAUCCCAAGUGCCGCCCGCGCCAAGUGAUGAGGACACGACAAAAGCGAAGUCGUCUACCGUCAAGGCUCGCUCGGUCAGUUCGUACGCAUCGACGAAUUCGAGUUUCUUGGCUCGCCACUUCCCCAAGCGGUUCUUCAUACUGAAGUCUUUAACUCGGUACGAUUUGGACUUAAGUGUAGAACGAGGGCUUUGGGCAACGCAGAAACAUAAUGAAGUGGUCUUGGAUCAGGCGUACCGUACGAGCAAGGAUGUUAUUCUUAUCUUUGGCGUGAACAAGAGCGGAGAAUUUUACGGGUAUGCACGCAUGGCCAGCCGAGUACUACGUGGCGAAAGCAGCGUCUCGUGGGCCUCCCGCUCUGACGUGUCCCCUUGUUCUGUAUCAUCUUCGCAGAAUCGCAAACAGUCGCAGACAACUGGCGAGCCUCCAGGGAGUCCCGCUGCGUCAACAUAUUCGAGGGAAAACUCGGCCAACUAUUUUAGCCCAUCGGAGCAUCGCCUGGUCGAGGAGUCACCCUUGCCGAUUUCGUCCCUAGAAUGGGAUCGCAUCGGUGCGAAGUCACCUGCCGGGGAAGAACGUGCACAGCAAGAACUGCAAUCGGCGCCUGCAAGAUUUGGACCAUCACCCCCACUGGAAUUCUCUCCCACAGUCCCCACAAAGACGUUCAGUUUGGCCGAGGGGAGCAAAGCACGCCGUGCUCCGCUCUGGUCUAAAAUUUCACCUUCUGUUGCUGCGAGCAUUCCUGCCAGGGCCGAUAUCGUGCUUGAUAGGAAUGCGCCCGCGAAGGCGGUGAGGAAUACGCUGAACGCCGAUGAGUCCUCCCUGCUCCAGGCCGUGCAGGAAGAAAAUCUCACUGAGAAUGCUGUUGGAGAUGACGAUGCUCCCGAGCCGGCUCGGUUUCCUAAAGGGGCGGCUACCGAGGGACACGAUGCUACUGAUAGCUGGGGUCAAACGUUCAAGGUUGAAUGGCUAUGCACGCAACCUCUCUCCUUUCAAAAGACGCGGCAGCUGCGAAACCCCUGGAAUCACGAUCGGGAAAUCAAGGUCUCACGAGAUGGCACUGAGCUCGAACCGAGUGUUGGACAACAACUGAUCGACGGGUGGGCGACCCUCGCGGCUACAGCGGAAGAGAGUCGCGUUCAUGGUGCGCCCAAGCGGUCUGGGAAGUCAACUGUCGCCCCUCCGAUGGCCACGGAUGGGCCUUCUACAAAAGGCUAA